AUGUCGACCCCCCAACUGUUGAUUGAACCCCAACUCGCCAACCAAUGCGAGGAUGCAGAGGCGCUCCACAUCUGGCGCCAAGGCCAAGUGUGCGCCCAGCUUUACCCGGACCAAGACAUCGUGUUUCGGCCAGUCCCCAACGGAGGAGUUGCCAUCCGAACAUUGCCCGCUUUGACCGGUAAACUUAAUCGGGCCGUGGGCUGUGGGAAGGAUGGCGAGCUUGGCAACAGCACUCUGAUGGGGCUGGAGUCCCUCUUUUCCACCAUCGGACUGACUCCAGAGAUCCAUCUCAGUCCCUUUGCUAAACCAUCCACCUUGCAGGAUCUCAUUGAGCAUGGUUACGAGGAACAGUGUGUGCUGAGCACAUAUUGGUGUCCCCUCGAGAACUCGGCAGAUGAACCUACUUCGAUUGCCAUAUCGGAAACGGCUGCCGUGGAGACUAGACUAGUAGCCGCUCACGAGACGGAAGAUUUCAUCGAGGCCUCCAUUGCCGGGUUUCAAAGUAACGGCCGCUCCCGGGAGCUGCUGGGGGCACUCGCCAGGAUUGCGACUCGACGAACGGACACGCAAUUAUUCGUCGCCCUAGUCGAUAAUGAGAUUGCCGGCUCCGCGGCUUUAGCCAGCAUCGAGACUUUGGAAGGAAGUGUGGCGCAUCUGUAUUUAGAUAGCACAUUGCCGGGCUUUCGGGGUCAAGGCGUGCAGAAAGCACUGAUCCAGGCCCGUCUUCACGAAGCCCAGCGCAGGGGUCUGUCACUCGCAACGACCAUCACUCGCGUUGGGGACGGGAGUGCACGCAAUGUGGAGCGCGCAGGGUUGCGGAUUGCGUAUGCGACCACGGUUCUCACUCGACCAGAGCUCCGAGAGGGAGACGAUGUUCGUAGCACCAGCCGUGCCCCAGAAGAAGAGGAGGAGAGAGUCAAGGAGUAG